AACCAAACACGUCGAGCCCACUGGCUCCGCUGCCGCGAGACGGGAAGCAUCGGUCAGGAUCGGCCAUAUUUAGCGUCACAUCUUUAAAUUCCGUCUGCAAUUUCGAAGAGUCGUUCUCGCUUCGUCGUGCUCAUAUCUGCGUCUCUCCCCGUAAGCAUGUCCGCUAAUUCGAACGAGGGGCCGGGUUUGGAUGGCAAGUGGUUCGGAGAGGAGAAGAACGGGAUGUUUGGAAGCGCAGGGCCCCGUUUCGACGAGAUGCGGGACGAGCUCCACGCAAAAGACUGGGACCGCGAGACGAACGCGCCCGAGCAGCAAUUCCAUUCCCUUGAAGGAAGCGGCGUUGCCAUGGAAACUGCUUCUACAGGUGACUCUCUGUCUGACAUGUUUAUGAAGUCAUCCCCAGUAGAAGGGGAUCUAUACACAUCUCUCCUUUCCUCAAAGCCCUCCUCUAAUCCUUUCAAUGACGGCGCUGCUCUUUUCUCCGAGGGCAACCGUUCUCCACCUGCUCCCACUGGAACCGACUCUGGGAUUGGCAUGACCCCGGGUGACCCCUCGGACCACCAGACGACCCUGCAGGGCUCGCACAAGACUGACCAUUACAGCUACAUGGACAUGGGUGAUGACCUCUGUGAUUUUGGUAGUGUUGGCAAUGCCAAAAAUAAGCAGCAGCCCUCCGUGGUAGCCUUUGGAGAUGAUGACGAAGAUGAAGAUGAUGAAGACGAAGACAAAUAUGACAUUCAAGAUUACAAGCCGCAGCCGCAGGAAAAGGAAAGUAAAGAAUCCAGCCAUGACCCCUUCGAUCUUGGACGCUAUUUGGAGAAGAGCCCUCUCGGUUCUGAAGAUGUGAAGGUGAAGGAUAAUCAUGCUUCAGCGGGUGGGCAGCAUGCAUUUCCUUACGUGGAAGAUCCUUCGGACGAAGAGUUGGCCGAUUUCCGUUCUUAUCGUAGGAUGGAAACGCCACAGAGUGCCAGCCCUGUGAAGAUCACAGUGACGACAGAGUCCCACGCUGCUGCGGCCCAGCCUGUGAGAGUCUCUCCACAAGGGGGUGUGUCUGAAAAAGAGAGUGUUCUCAGUUUUGGUCAACAGGGUCUUCCCACCGUAACACUGUCAGAACCAGAGGACGACAGCGCGGCCUCAUCAGCUAACCACUCCCCUAACCACUCCCCUACAGGUCGAGAGUCUCCAUCUGAUGUGCUGUUCCAGCCUGCUGGAAUGAAGUCUGUGAGCUCCACUCAAGAUUCCAGCAGCACCACCUAUCGCCCCAAUGUUCAAGAAGACCAAGACAUCAAGAGCCCACCUAAACCCUCCUCUCCAUGGGCUCAAGACCUUGAAAUCAGUGGAGAUGAAUCUGGAGAUUCAGAAAUUGAGCAGGUUGCUGAAGAAUCCGAUUCGCCGACGCAUGACUUGACAUCAAAAUCCCCAACUUCAAAAGGAGGAUUCAGCCAAUCUAGCAAUCCGUUUGAGCAGACCAGCUACACAUCUGUCAGUGACAAAGCUAGCAACCCAUUUGAAAAGCCUCAACCAGACAAGGUCAGCGCUAGCAACCCAUUCGAGCUUUCCGGAGGCAUGAAGGGGGGAUUUGGUCAACCCAGCAACCCACCACUCUACAGCCUGUUGAGAGAAGAAAGGGAGGCAGAGCUUGACAGCGACCUGCUAAUCGAAUCAGCUUCUGAGGAGAGUCCCAAGAGGGAGCAGGAAUACUCUGCCCCAAAACGUCCUGAAACGUCUCCGCUGAUCCCAGAUCUUACUUCCUCUAAGCCCAUCACAACUUCUGUUGCCUCGACCUCUCCCUUCAUCCAACCCCCAGCCAGCACCUUGAAAGAGAAAGAAGAAGAAAAGGAAAAGGAACAGGAAAAAGAGAAAGAAAAAGAAAAAGAAAAAGAAAAAGAGAAAGAAAAAGAAAAAGAAAAAGAGAAAGAAAAAGAAAAAGAGAAAGAAAAAACAACUCCCAUUGAGAAGCCCAAUUCACAACCAGAAGACAGCUGGUCCACCAAACCCAGGCCUGCUGUCAUGGGAACAUCUACAGUGCCUCUGGAGCAACACUCCAUUCAGGACCAGGAGAGUAAAGGGAAAAGCAGUAUCGAGAGUGCAACCGCAGAGAAAGAUGCAGCUCCGCUUGUGUUGUUCCAGAGCAUCAACAAACAGAAAGUGGUGGAUCUGUUACACUGGCGGGAUCUGAAGCAGUCUGGACUGAUGUUUGGUAGCGUGUUGCUGCUGAUGUUCUCUUUAACCCAGUUCAGCGUGGUGAGCGUUAUUGCGUACCUCGCUCUGGCGGUCCUCUCUGCCACCAUCAGCUUCCGAGUCUACAAAUCAGUCAUGCAGGCGGUGCAGAAAACCGAGGAGGGACACCCUUUCAAGGCAUAUCUGGAGGUAGAUAUUGCUCUCUCUGCAGAUCAGAUUAGCAAGUAUGUGGAUAAAAUUCAGCUAUACGUCAACUCCACUAUGAAAGAGCUUCGCAGGUUGUUCCUCGUUCAGGAUCUGGUUGACUCCAUUAAGUUUGCAGUGUUGAUGUGGUUGUUGACCUAUGUGGGAGCUCUGUUUAAUGGCCUGACCCUGAUGAUUCUGGUGGUGAUCUCCAUGUUCAGCGUUCCAGUGGUUUAUGAGAAGUACCAGACGCAGAUUGAUCAGUAUUUAGGACUGGUGCGCACCCAGGUUAACUCCAUAAUGGGAAAAAUUAGAGAAAAGGUUCCUGGGGCCAAAAAGAAGGAAUAAACUCUUCACUUCGCACGAGUAAACACUAUAGCUAGUAACACUACUACAGUAAAAACUUUCUGCCAGCACUGAAGGAUCCCAACUACACAGGAGGCCAAUAUUCCACCUAAAAUAGCUGGUCAUGUUAAGAUAAAGGCAUAAGUUAUAACACCUUCUUUCUUCAGUCACAGGUGUACAGUAGCCCUGCACUACUAGCAAACACAAACAUAAGAUCACAGUUCCAGAUAUAUCAUACCAGAGGAACACGACGUGCUUUUAUCUUCCAUUGCUUCUGAUUUAAAUGCAUGAAGUCCCGUCUUGGAGUAAAUAUUUGCUAUCUCUACAGUGCUCUUCCUCUUUGCUUUAUUUUACAGUGUUCAUUUCCUGCUGUACAUUGUGACACAAAGAUGAAGCUCAUGCCUAUCAUAUAAUCUCCUGCUGCCAUGUCGAUUAAUUGCUUCAGUUCGCCGUCACUGUUAGAGUGGCUCUGUGUACAGACAUACAUAUUAAUAUCGCAAUGAAUUGUGGAUUGGUUUAUGUUUUCUUUUCUUCUGUGUAUUUGAGCACAAUGAUUAUUCGAAGAUGUUAUUAUUAAUGUGGUAAUUGUAAUUUUUUGCAAAACUGUAGGGACACGCGUAGGUGUUUAAAAAAAAGCUUGUGGUGCUUCUGUUAAGGCACUUGACGGUCAAGACUGCAGAACAAUUUCAGCUGUACUAAACUCUGUCCAACUUUGUACGAUGUUCAGUGUUCGGUUAUUUUAAAGUCUUUAACUAUUUGCACUCUGUAUUUAAUUGAUGAAUGAGAAAUAAAUGUUCCUUAAUGUAA